AUGGCUAUCCGUGAAGAUCUUGUCGCGUCAGCAGUGACAUUUCUUCAAGACCCAAGUGUAUCCGGAUCGCCGAUAGAAAACCGAGUCGCAUUCUUACAAUCCAAGAAUUUGACGCAAGAGGAGGUUGAUGCUGCACUUGCUCGAGCGAGUGGAGAAUCCGCCCCUUCUGCUAACAACUCCAACUAUGCGCCGCAACAACAAGUAGCUCGCCAGCCUCAAACUGGGUAUGGAGGUUACCAACAAUAUCCGUGGCAGCAACCGCCACCACCGGAAGUACCGAAGCGGGAUUGGAGGGACUGGUUUAUAAUGGCGACAGUGAUGGGAGGGGUUGGGUAUGGACUAUAUUUUGUUGCGAAGCGAUACGUCUACCCAAUUAUUGCGCCACCAACGGCGCCCCAGUUAGAACAGGAUAAGCAAGCUAUCGAUGACCAGUUUGAGAAGGCCUUCGUGCUACUUGAACAGCUCUCCAAAGAUACCGAUACCCUCAAGGCUUCCGAACAGGCAAGAACAGAGAGAUUAGAUAACGCUCUGACCGAGGUCGAAACCGUUAUUAGCGAGCUGAAGUCUGCUAGCCGGAGAAGGGAGGAAGAGUCUCGACGCAUGGGCGAGGAGGUGCGAGGACUCAAGGACCUAAUACCAAAGGCAAUGGAGGGACAAAAGGAAACCACGGACACGAGGCUAAAGGAGCUCAACACAGAGUUGAAGUCCCUAAAGACUCUGAUGGGGCAAAGGUUGAACCCUACCGCUUCAGCAAGCCCGAGUUCAUUUGGACGGACUACAUCCAGUCCCGCGCCAACCCCGAGCACUAACAAUGUGAACGGUACCCCAGUUACCGAAGCAUCUGUGCCAAAGCCAGCCUCGGUCACAGACGGGUCAGGGACGGAAUCAGUGGCCUCCGUUCAGGGUCGAACCGCAAGCCCUUUCAAUACCGGUCUCCCGGCAGGGAAAGCUGCCAUUCCAUCGUGGCAGUUGGCGGCCAAAAACAAGAGUUCUAGCUCUGAUAACGCGGCUGGUACGGGGAGUGGAACACAGGAAGCUAGUGGGAGCGCAUAA